UUUAAAAUUUAAUGUAAACUACAUGAAUAAUCGAAAUUAUUACACUAUAGGACAGAAUCUAAAAUCAAAUGACACAUAUAUAUUCACAACCUUAUUAGCAUAUGCCCUAGACUUGAAUAAGUUUUCAGAUGUCCUAGCUCUUAACAAUAUUAAUGGGCCUUUUAAUUUUACAUAUAAUUCAAUAUUCUGCAACCUUGUUCAAACAGAUACUUUUAAUGAUUUAAAAAAUCCUCAUUUUUCACCAGAGAGAACAUAUGUAAACUUGAAAUGUAGUGAUGACUACACCUUAAUAAAUAGCCCUAUUUUUAAUCCCAGUGAAAACCUUGACUUGCAAGAAGACCCAAUUAACUUAAAAUCGUUUGUAAUUAGAAUACACUUUAAUGCUUUAAAAUCCAAAAUUAUAAAUGGAUUUAAUAAGAGAUGUCAUACACCAAUAAAAAUUGCCAAAGUUGAUAUAUGUUUAAGAGAAUACUGGCCAGAGGAAUACAAAUAUGACUCUAAUCAAAAUAGAAUAUUACUAAAGAUUGAAAAGGAAUUUGAACUGCAAUUUUCACCUCUAUUGUAUUGCCAAAAUGAAAAAGAUGUUAUAGAAGAUGGUUCAAAAUACAAACCUCGUAUAGGAAUGUCUGUAAUUUUGCAAAAAUUAGAUCCAUAUUUAAUUCCCAUAGAUAUCUUAGAAUUUUCAAAAUUCGGUUAUCAACAAUCUUCUAACGAUGAUACUAAUGGCAGUUUUAAAAAGAAAUAUAUUGAUAACGAGGUGAUCAUCAAAUUAUUGAGCGAAAAAAUUGGUCGUAAAAACAAAAGACAUAAAUACAAAGAGUUUAUGCGAUCUUUGGCUAAAAAUCAAAUUGAUGAUGCUGAUGGGUCAUCCGUUCCUGAUAUAAAUCAAUGUUUACGAUUUGAUAGAAGGGAUAUAAAGUGUAAAUGUUUAGAUUCCCUUGAUAACAAAUCUGAGUUGAAGAUUCAAAGUCUGGAAUAUAAAAUUUUAGAACUUGAAAAAGAACUCAAUGCGAAAACUAUGGAGAAUAUAAAUUUGUCUCAAAAAUUAGCACGUUCUCAGACCCAAUUACACGUUAAAGAACAAGAAUUCGAAUCCACCAAAUUGGAUAUGUAUAAAAGAUUUUUGAUCACACUUUUCCAGGACCUGAAAUUGGAUACAAACCAAAAGAUUCUUUUGAACAAAAGAGUGAGCAAUUUUUUGCGGAUAAAUCUUUAUGGUAACACGAGUGAAGAUAAUGACGAGGAAAAACCGAUUAAAGACGAAGCAGUUUUUGAUGACUUAAAUGCCGACUUUUCGUCUUUAAUUAGAUUAGGAAUAUUUGAUCCUAAUGAUACUUUCAUUAAAUAUAUCAAAAGCGUUAAUAAUGAGCUCGAUAGUUAAUAAUAAUUUAACUUCUUAUGAUAAGAUAACUUAAGAUUUUUUUAUAAAAAUUGUUUUUUUUAUUCGUGAUGCUCAAUAUUGUUAAUAUUUAUUUAUAUAAUAAUUAUUGAUAUGCUUCCUA